CCUGUGAAGAAUUAAGUGGAUUAGGACGUGAGAACUUUUUUUGAUUUUAUUUUCUUCCUUUGUCCUUGUCUUUCUUCAAGAGUUAUUCUCCCAGCUUGGCGGACCGGCUUUCUUCUUACUCUCCCGGCCGAUUGAUGCCCUGGUGGAUGCGUUACGAGAUAGGACCUGUAUAAUGCUUUUUCUGAAAACCGCGUUUUCCCUCCUACGAUACCAAUAUGUCAACACGGACUUUUCCCUGUUUUUUUUUGUAUUCCUGGUUGGAGCACAAAAUCUAUGGGCUUUAGCCGCUCGGCACCACACAUUAUAUAUACAAUACUCAUCACUUGCAAUACAAAUACCCAUUUCUGCAGUGCACAAACAUCUUUUCGUCUGGUCGUUCCAUUUCGUCGUCGAGAAAUAUGAAACCCGGUUCUGCAAUUGCUGGGAGGUGGAAGCAUGGCUCUCCAUGGACACCGUUUCUUGCUGCUUUCACUCACUCUUUCACUCACUCCCGUUUUCCCUCGAUCCUCCUCUCCUCCACACCCUUCCCGCCUUUCAUGCAUGAUGGCCCAGUCCUGGCCUCCGCCAAGCCUGCACCCUCUGCA